AACAAUUGGGGAAUAGAAAAUUACAAAACAAUACGCUGAAGAGUAUCUCGUGUCAUUUCUCCAAAGCAAUAGAAAUAAUGUAUUUGACUGACAUCCCCAACAAGGGUUUGUUGUACUUAUCACGUGGUAAGCUUUUCAUCCAAUGGAGACGCGCCAUUCCAAGUCUUGGUCCGUUGCGUCAAUCCAGCUGUGGAUGUAACCUGGUGUCCUACUCUGGACUUGGGUCUUUGAAACAGAAUUCUCCGCCCGAAUGGUGAGCGUGAUAUGACCACCUCCUUGGUCCUGAAUCCUCGCUGGGCGGACACGGUUAUGUUUGUGUAUGAAAACAACUUGGAUGAGCUGAACAAGAACAUGGAGGGUCUGGUUGGUAGCGGCAAUUUCGCGGCCAACCAGUGCAGGAAUCUGAUGGCCCACUCCGCUCUGGGGGGUCACCCCUCUAGCCUGGUGCACGGCUCCGGCUACUCCGCGGUGGAUGUAUCGGGCUCAAGCUCCGGGGAACCAGGCAAACAGUGCACACCAUGCCCCGCGGUCCCUCAAGGCUCCUCCACAGGUCCCUUACCCUAUGGGUACUUUGGCAACGGCUAUUAUCCCUGCAGAAUGGGGCGGGGUUCGCUCAAGUCCUGCACCCAGCCCAGCGCGCUCAGUUACUCUGCGGAAAAAUACAUGGACACCCCGGUCACAUCUGAAGAAUACCCGAGCCGGGCAAAAGAAUUUGCGUUCUACCACGGGUACCCAAGCCCCUACCAGUCCAUGGCGAGCUACCUGGACGUGUCGGUGGUGCAGACUCUCGGGGCAGGAGAGCCCCGUCACGACACGCUGCUUCCAAUGGACAGCUAUCAGCCGUGGGCACUGACGAAUGGCUGGGGCGGCCAGAUGUACUGCUCAAAGGACCAGAGUCAAGCCGGACACCUUUGGAAAUCUGCGUUGGCAGAUGUAGUGGCCCACCAACACGAUGGCAACUCCUUUCGUCGCGGUAGAAAGAAAAGGAUUCCGUACACCAAGGUGCAGCUAAAGGAACUGGAGAAAGAGUAUGCCGCCAACAAAUUCAUCACGAAAGAUAAGAGGAGAAAGAUUUCAGCAGGAACCAACUUGUCGGAAAGGCAGAUUACGAUCUGGUUUCAAAACAGGAGAGUUAAAGAGAAGAAGUUCGUGGCCAAAGUCAAGACCAGUGCGCCGUAGUCAGUCAGGCUUGACCUAGACGAUUUGGACGAGGAACAUUGUUUUUGCUGUAUGAACAAAAAAUGAAGGAAAGAAAACGUCGACGUGGUACAUUUUUUUGGAUUGGAAUUUGGUGUGCUAUUUUGCUUGCGCAAUUGCAUCGCCAAUUCGUCUUUAGAAAAGAAGAAAUAAAACAAGAACCAAGCCCUCUAAAGACAUUGUUUUAGAGGCCUGUAAAUACAGCACUUGCCUGCUUUAAUGUAACACUUACGUCUGCUUAACUGUUUAACUCGUGCUAUACAUGGAGGUAUAUAUAGGCUAUAUGUUAGGUAUGUCAAUGUUGUUACUGCAGUAGAAUAGGAAACGUAUUAUGCAAUCAUAUUCCCAAUCUAUACUGUUUAUAACGCUUGUAAAACAGUACUUUUAAAAAAUAUAGCGUAAUGCUUAAUAAAUUGUUUUAAUCCCA